AUGCUGCUCUUGGCUCUUCCUCCAACCCUAUCUGAACCAUCUUCCUCUUAUCGCUGGAGAUUCAGGAUCCAAGAAACAUAUAUGAAGGACAAUAAGGUGGUCACCUGCCUCACCAACGCUGGGGACUGCCACCCCAGGGGUUGUAGCAGACUGCUCGCCCUCCAGUUACAGCACUCCUUUAGCAGCACACAUGGAACAAGAACUAUAAAUCUUGGUUAUUUCUGUUUUACAUUUCAUCAAACUGAACCAUACUGCCAGGAGAGGGCCAAAUGGGUUGAGGAAUAUGGAGGAUGUCCAUAUUGGUCCUGCAGAAUUCAUUACAUUAAAUUCAAUACUGGAUCUCACUCAGUCAACUCACUGGAAGCUUCCUAUGGUGGCUCCCAGGUAUGCCUUUACAUUCCUGACCCCUGGGAUAAUAGAUGGGCAACCGGGGUGACAGCCAAGGGAUAUCAACCUGGGUACUACACACAUCCAACAAACUUGAAAAUCUGGAGGCUAUAUGAACAAGUGGUCCCCUAG